CGCGGCGGCGGCGGCACUUCCGGCGCGGCGCGGAAGCCGUGGCAGAGGUUGUGGGAGGUUGGCGGUGAGCUGAUGCAGGCGGCGCGGCACGUCGUGGUCGCCCUGUCCGGCGGGGUGGACAGCGCCGUGGCCGCGCUGCUGCUGAGGCGGAGAGGCUACCAAGUGACAGGGGUGUUUAUGAAGAACUGGGACUCGCUGGAUGAACACGGAGUUUGCAUUGCUGACAGAGACUGUGAAGAUGCUUAUAGAGUUUGCCAGAUCCUAGACAUCCCUUUCCAUCAAGUGUCCUAUGUGAAGGAGUAUUGGAACGACGUGUUCAGUGAUUUUUUAAGUGAAUAUGAGAAAGGAAGGACUCCCAAUCCUGACAUAGUCUGCAACAAGCACAUCAAGUUCAGUUGUUUUUUCCAUUAUGCUGUGGAUAAUCUCGGAGCAGAUGCAGUCGCCACGGGUCACUACGCCAGAACCUCCCUUGAAGACGAGGAAGUCUUUCAGCAGAAGCACAUUAGGAGGCCAGAAGGGCUUUUCAGAAAUCGAUUUGAAGUUAGAAAUGCGGUAAAACUUCUUCAAGCAGCUGACAGCUUUAAAGACCAGACCUUCUUUCUCAGCCAGGUUUCCCAAGAUGCCCUGAGGAGAACCCUCUUCCCUCUGGGGGGGCUCACGAAAGAUUUUGUCAAGAAAAUAGCUGCUGAGAAUAGACUCCAUCACGUGCUACAGAAGAAGGAGAGCAUGGGCAUCUGUUUCAUUGGUAAAAGAAAUUUUGAAAAUUUCAUCCUUCAGUAUUUACAGCCUCGACCUGGUAAAUUUAUUUCUAUAGAAGACAGUAAAGUUCUGGGAACACACAAAGGUUGGUUCCUGUAUACUUUGGGCCAGAGAGCCAAGAUAAGCGGCUUACAGGAGCCCUGGUAUGUGGUGGAGAAGGACGGCACCAAGGGCGACGUGUUUGUGGCCCCCCGGACAGACCACCCGGCUCUGUACAGGGACCUGCUGCGGACCAGCCGCGUGCACUGGAUCGCGGAGGAGCCGCCUGCCGCUCUGGUCCGGGACAAAAUGAUGGAGUGCCACUUCCGGUUCCGCCACCAGAUGGCGCUAGUGCCCUGUGUACUGACCCUCAAUCAAGAUGGCACCGUUUGGGUGACGGCUGUGAAGGCUGUGCGGGCCCUCGCCCCAGGACAGUUUGCCGUCUUCUACAAAGGGGACGAGUGUCUGGGCAGCGGGAAAAUCCUGCGCUUGGGGCCAUCUGCCUGCGUACUCCAGAAGGGCAAGAGCAGGUCCAGAGCGGCCACCGAGGGCCCCAGCGAUGGCAAAGGCCCAGGCCAGGGCCCCACGCCCUGAAGGAGGCCGAGCUGCUGCUGAGCACCCGGGAGCAGAUAGCGGAGCAGGGCCUGGGGUGGAGCAGGCCGGGGGGAGCUGGGCUGAGUCCACCGCCCCAGUUCCGUUCAGGCUGGCCACGGUUCCAGAAAGCCUCCAGAGCCCGGGAGAGCCCCAGAAAGCCCUGCCCUGUCAUCUCCAAGUGGGUGCUCUGGCCAGAAGGACACGCUGCCUAGUGGGCGUGUCCGAGCACCACGUUGAUAGAGUUGCUCUUUCCUACCGCACGAAGGUUCCCCCUCGCAAGCACAUGGGUGGCCUGCCAAGGAGGCUGCAGGGACGCAUCCAAUAAAACGUGUCUGGGACACAGAGCCUGAGGGGUCUCCUGGGGGGCGGAGGCCGCAGGGUGCCCUGCGGCUGUGCAGACUGGUGCAAGCCCCCCAGUUCCCACCGUGCCCGCCUGACCUCACCUGGCCUGAGUCCCGCCCGCAGGGUGCACUGCGGACGUGCGACGGGGUGCGGUCACUUGGAGGCCACCCCUCCCCCUGCAGAGCGCCCAGUGCCCUGGCUGCAGUCACGGAAACCAGGAGGACUGCAGGGCCUUCGUCCCAGUGAGGAGGGGGUUGGCGGCAGGUGUGUCCAUUCCCUCUGGUGGGGCAGCUUACACGACAGACGCUUGUGUCUCCCAGCAGUGUAGACCAGACGUCCGGGGUCAGGGCACCGGCCUGGUUGGCCGAGGUUCCCCCCAUGGUUCGCCGACAGCCAACUUCUCGCUGUGUCCUCAACGGCCAGAGGGGCGAGGGUCUUUCUGAGCCUCUCACACCGCGCCAUCUGCCGGGGCCCCACCCUCACGAUCAGAGUGCCUCCCGAAGGCCACCUGUCUUGACACCAUUACGGGGGGCUUUCGGGUUUCUCCACAGGAGCAUGGGGGGAAGGCUCGUUCAGCCUGCGGCAUGGGUGUGCUGCACGUGUGUUGUGGCGAGAGGGCCGCAGGCCAGGCCGGGGCUGCUUGGCAGAGGGCAACACGGUUCAGAGCUGGCUGCGCUGUGGGCCCUGUGGUCCCGGGGGCGUUUUGAUGCUGCGGCAUCCACAGUGACCACCUUUGGCUCCGUGCGCUCUGAGGGCUCCGCUGGGCCAGCCGUGCAGGGGGGAAGUAUGCAGAGACACAGGCUCUGCCCCUCCUCUUCUCAGUGCCUGCGGGGCAUGGGGGGUGACAGCUGGGCCAGGCAGGAAAUUGGCCCUUCCAGGGAAGGCUGUGUCUGCACGCCCCACUGCCUCCAACUUGCCUGCCCUGAAGGUGGGGGCUGGGUGCUGGAGACACAGCUUGGGCUCCCUUCUCUCACUAACCUCACCCCCAACACAUUCUUGGUGCUUCAGGCCAGGCUUUUGUGGGAGUCAGAAGUGUGGUUCCUUGCCUCCUGUGCAUAGAAGGUUCUAGACCAGAGGCCCUCCAGGCACAGUGCCGCUGGAGGAGCACCUGGGAAGGUUGUCCCGUGGCCUCCACCUUUCAGGGCCUCUGGUGGUGACGGGGUUAGCCCUGGGCCUGGGUGCCAGCGAUCCAGGCCCCUGUGCCGCCCCCCAGAGGCAGGUCACAAAUCCCAGACCACAAGGGAGGAGCCCAAAGUGGGGUGAUGGGCACCUUGGCCCCAGAGCGCAACAGUGGAAGGACUUCCUUCUGAGCAGGAGGGAGGCGAGGUGGUUUUGAGCAGAAAAUCCCUCUGGCAUCCGAGGUGCAGGUCGGAGGGAAGGGGAGACCAGGUGGGCUGUGGGGUUGGGUGUGGUGGCAGGCAGGGACAGGGUUAGAUUUAGGAAGUCCCGUGUAGUGGGUCCGGAGGAGGAGUGAACGACGAAGACCUCUGUCCAGAUGGGGUUGUGCUGCCCUGGGUUCUCCCCAGGCAUCAGGACGCGGUGCCCUUCGGAGCAGAGCAGCCACCCUCCCGUGCAGCCAGGAAGGGAGGCCCGGACCUGUCACCCCACCUGGCACCACAUCCCCGCCAGCCUGGGGCAAAGGGCACGAGGCCCACCGCUGGUUUAGUGGGACCCUGUGUGGGGGCGAUAGGCUGCACCGUUGGGGGGGCUUUAAGACCAGGCCACAGUGUGGGGCUGAGAGCAAGGCACCAGCCCCCCUUCCCAGAGGCACAAUGAACAUGGUGCCCCUCAGUGAUCGUCAGGGUUCGGGCUGUGCCCAGAGCAAAGCAUCUUCCCUCCAUACCACUCUGACGGGGGAAGCAGUGCCCUCCCGUCUCCACCCCCUUCAGACCAGCCGGCCCUCCAUCUGCCUUCUCCCCACCCAGCAAGAGGCUUCCUGGGCUGGAAGGACUGGGGAGGGGGCCCAAGCAUCCAGGGUCGGGCCUUCUGGCCUGCACAGGGUGUCUGAUCCCAAUAAUGGAGGAGGCCCUGAGAGGUGGGGGGCUCGGGCCUGCCCUGGCGAGGAGGCCGGCCACUGUUCUGUAUCACUGUGCACAUUGUGCCAGGAGACUGGGCAGGCUGGCCGUGGAGGCAGAGACUGAAACCCCACCUGUGUUCUGCCAGCUCACAGGGCAGCAUGGAGCCUCCCCGGCCUCAGGGUUCCCGAUUCACUGCCCUGGCGGCUGGUUGUCUCGUCCCGCUGGGAAGGCUCCACAGCACCCACCCUGCUCUGUGCAGGGCCGACCCUGGGAACUGGCAGCAGGAACAGGAGGGAGGAAGGGCAGCCAGGUGGAAGUGUCUUGGGCACAGGCAGGCGGAGGGGAGACUGCCCAGUGCCAGGCCCCCAGCCAGCCCGGUGGCCGCUCGGGUCACCCAGGCCUCACCUGUGGCGGGGCCUAUGGCAGCCUUCCAGCCAGCAGCGCCACUGUCCCUCUCGUGGGCACAGCCUGCCCUCCGCAUGCCCCUGAGGCCAUCAGCCAACUGUGGGAGGCCACUUUGUGCAUUGCACCAGGUGUCCACCAGGGGAUGCCAGGGGGCCAAGUUCCUGAGCUGGGACUCUGGCCUCUCCCACUGCCCUGUGCUGCACACUCCAGGGCUAUACCCCCCAGGUGACCUUCAGGAGAUCCUGGGCAGGCCGGAGGGGCUGGAGCUGAGGAGCAGGACAUGUGUCCCCCUGCCCCCGUUUCCCAGAUGGGCACCCCAGUUGCCAGGCCCUGCCACUGCUCCACACCCCCAGAUUCUGAGGGAAGGGCCCAGGGCCGGUGCUGUACACACGGUGAGAGCUGGAUUUAAAUAUUAUGGGAAACCGCAAACAGAGCCUACUUGUCCUGACUGCGUCAGGAGAAUGGGCAGAAAGUUCCAGUACAGCUCUCCCCCUCCCCCCAGGCCUGUCCCCUGCGUCCUGUCCACACUCCUGCUCAGAGAGGUGGGGGCAGGGGAGAGCAGCACAGCAGAAGCACAGAUUCAAAAAUCUUAAUUUAUUGCGUGUUGUAAUUCCAGUGUUCCAAACAUUAAUAAAUAGACAUUUGUUAAAAAAAUC